UUCCCAAGAUGCUGACCAGUUUGUCAAUGGAUGCCGCACAUGACUAGUUACCCGCACCGGGAGGCGCUUUUGUAGUGUGGUAGGAGUUUUCAAGUUCCAUGUCCUGUAGGUGGGCCGUGCGUCAGCUGAUGACGUUGGACAACAAAAAUGGCAGGAGGAAGCAGCAACUACUGGGAAGAUUUGCGAAAGCAGGCCAGGCAGCUGGAGAAUGAGUUGGACCUGAAGCUGGUGUCCUUCAGUAAACUGUGUACAAGCUACAGCAGUUCCAGAGAUGGCCGUCGAGGAGACAGCAACUCAGAUACUGCUCCCCUCCUCAACAACUCAACACAGGACAGAAUGUUUGAGACCAUGUCUGUGGAGAUUGAACAGCUGCUGGCCAAACUCACAGGUGUGAAUGACAAGAUGGCAGAGUACACCAGCACCCCGGGGGUGACGUCCCUUAACGCAGCACUGAUGCACACGCUCCAGAGACACAGAGACAUCUUGCAAGACUACACUCACGAAUUCCACAAAACCAAAGCCAACUUCCUUGCCAUCCGGGAGAGAGAAGAUUUGCUGGGGUCUGUCCGCAAAGACAUUGAGACAUACAAGAGUGGCUCAGGAGUGAACAACAGAAGAACAGAACUGUUUCUGAAGGAGCAUGAACACCUGAGAAAUUCAGACCGCCUGAUGGAUGACACAAUAAGUAUUGCCAUGGCGACCAAGGAGAACAUGACAUCCCAGAGAGGGCUAUUGAAGUCCAUACAGAGCAGAGUCAACACUCUGGCCAAUCGUUUCCCAGCCAUCAACAACCUCGUCCAGCGACUCAACCUGCGGAAGAGACGAGACUCCCUAAUCCUGGGCGGAGUCAUCGGCGUUUGCACCAUCCUUCUGCUGCUCUACGCCUUGCACUGAUGACGGACAGACCGGUCGAACAAUCGUUACUCUGCGUUUGUAACAUCGGAAUCAGAACUCUGGAGAAUGGGCUUCAGUGAUUGGAGGCUACUGGACAGACAGACACCCUCUUGGCCCAAUCGGUUAACAGGAUUGAUCGAUGCCAGCAUGGACUACCUGAUUUGUAUUUAGCAGUGGGAGGGAAGGAUAUGUGAGAUGGAGCAGCACCUUUUUCUUUUUUUUUUCCUUUUUAUCAAAAGUUUAUGUGCUGUUCAACUCUGGUUAAGGGAACAGAGACCAAAUGUACUGAUAUGACUAGAUUUUAAAGAAUUUUAUAUAUAUAUAAUUCUUUCAAAUCUAUUAGUACCUUGAGAUAGGCAAAAGUCAUAUAUAUAUAUAUAUAUAUAUAUAUAUAUAUAUAUAUAUAUAUAUAUAUAUAUAUAUAUAUAUAUACACUUGCUUCAAGGAGUUGAAUGCUCUGAAGACAGACGGUGGAAACGAAAGAGAGGGACUGUGUUGAUUUCUGUGAUGGAAGGAUUUUUAGUUGAAUGGUCCUUUUUCGUGAUGGGAUAUUCAGUAGGUUCAACAUCAUGGGCUGUACAUUGUGCAUUAUUAAUAAAUUAUUAAUUUACAUUAUGUGAUACUAGGCA